GACCGUCCUCGCUCAGAUUGUCAGAUUGGAUUCCCCUGCUUGCGGUGCGCCGAUUUUUGGACACUAGACAGCGACUGGGCACCGCCGCCCACUCUAGAAUCCGGCAAUGGAGCUCCGCGAGCUGGGCGGCACGGGCCUCCGCGUCAGCGCCGUCGGCUUCGGCGCCUCCCCGCUCGGCCACGUCUUCGGGGACGUGCCCCGCGACGCAGCCCGCGCCGCCGUCCGCCGCGCGCUCGACCUCGGCAUCAACUUCUUCGACACCUCCCCGUACUACGGCGGCACGGUCUCGGAGUCCGUCCUCGGCGACUGCCUCCGCCACGCGGCCGUCCCGCGGGACCAGGUCGUCGUCGCCACCAAGUGCGGCCGCUACAAGGACGAGGGCUUCGACUUCUCCGCCGCCCGCGUCGCCCGCAGCGUCGACGAGAGCCUCGCGCGCCUGGGGCUCGACUACGUCGACAUCCUCCACGCCCACGACAUCGAGUUCACGAGCCUCGACCAGAUUGUGAGCGAGACCGUUCCCGCGCUCCGGAAGAUCAAGGAGAGCGGGAAGGCGCGGUUCGUCGGGAUUACCGGGCUGCCCCUCAGCAUCUACCCCUACGUGCUCGACCGGGUGCCGCCGGGCUCGGUGGAUGUCAUCCUGUCCUACUGCCACUAUGGGGUCAAUGACACCUCCCUGGUCGAUCUGCUCCCCUACCUGAAGAGCAAGGGCGUUGGGGUUAUCACCGCUUCGCCCCUUGCGAUGGGUCUUCUCACGGAUAAUGGGCCCCCAGACUGGCACCCCGCACCGGAGGAACUUAAGUCGGCAUGCAGGGCAGCUGCAGAGUACUGUAGCAAAAAGGGGAAAAGCAUCACGAAGCUAGCUAUGCAAUACAGCCUGAUGAACAACGAAAUUUCUACAGUUCUUGUUGGAAUGAACUCUUCAAAACAGGUGGAGGAGAAUGUGGCUGCUGCAUUGGAGCUGUCAACAUCAGGCAUUGACAAAGAACUUCUGCAUGAAGUUGAAGCAAUUCUUGAGCCUGUGAAGAACAUGACUUGGCCUAGCGGCAUCCAGCAAGCCUAAUGUAUGGUAGCAGCUUGGUCAGUUGAAACCUCCAGUGUGCUGGUCGAUUCAGUCAAUUGUGUGCAUCCGCAUCAUUGACUGCUCAAUUUGCAAUCCUGGAUAGUUGUUGAUGAAAGCGAAUGAAGGGGAUUGUCGGGAUUUUAUGGGCAUGAAAAAAACAUGGACAAUAAAAGAUCGAAGCUGAUCGCUGAAUAAGCCUUUCGCAUACGCGUGGGAUGGAUUAAAACAUAAUAUUUUGGCUGCCAAACAAGCACAUUGCAUCCUACUUUUACAGCGAAACAAGGCGUUGUUGGAUUAUACACCACACGUGGAUUCCAAUUUUCUUCUUUCAUUCAUCUGUUAUCCUGGAGAUCCAAUGUAAAUUUAUCUCGCUUCACUGUCGAUACAGUAUUUUUCAAUAUAAAAGUAUGCAGAUAGAAAUUUA